AUGUUCCACUCGAGCAAGCUGCCCAUCACCAUCACAACAUCCGGCGCCCGCCAACCGAAGCAGCGGAACAACCGGAACAGAACAGCUGCAGCCUUCAUCCGGCUCGCCUCCUCCUUCGUCCCAUCAACCACCCAGACCGAACCACUCCCCAAACCACCGAGCACCAACUGGUUCACCACCCACCCAGCACUCUCAGACUCAUUCUCUCAUCUAGACUCGCUCAUACACAGAUCCAGACAGAACUUGCACGCCAUCCAAAUCCUCAAGCGAUACUCUGCCUCCCCCGACUUCACCGGAACCGGGAUCAGAUCGAAAUGGCUCAAGUGGAAGAUGCUCGACCAGAGCCAGACCGAAUCCUCCCAUCAACUCUUCAACCUACUCUGGAGCAAUCAGAUCAAAUGGCACCAACUGCCUACCAUGAGCAUCCUCGUCCAAGCUAACGAAAAUCGGCCGCUCAGGAUGAUCGAAUACAACCAUCUGAUCGAUAAACUCAACGAACUCAAAGCUCUGAAAAAAUACCUGAUCAUGGCCAAAUCUCUCCAACUGACGACGAGCAGUAAUCUUGAGGAGAUCAACGAGCUGGACGCCAAGAUCGAGAACGAGCUACUAAAGUACAGCAUCCCAGAGACGCAAGCCAGUCUCACCAAACGUCAGGCGAUCGAGCGGGACCAUCUAGGUAGAUUCCAUGGCAUGGGCAGGAAGAAGGAGAGCACGGCCCGGGCAUGGAUGAUUGAAGUCAAGAUCCCAGACACACAGCUGUCCUCAAACGAGCCGUCCUCUUCAUCCGGCGAGUCUUCGUCUGCAAGCACCGAACCACUCGUCCUUCCAGAUCAGUCUGCGCCUGCCUCAGAAGAAAAGCAGAUAACAUCCAAUCCUGACUUGCCGCUCGGACAAAUCAUUAUCAACGGGCGAUCGAUCGUCGACUAUUUCCACACGCCUCGGCAGCGAGCAACGGCGAUCAGGGCUUUAGAGAUCACCAAUUGUAUCGGACACUACAACAUCCAUCUACUGGUCCAUGGCGGGGGAAAGAUGGGCCAGGCGGCAGCAGCCUCGCAUGCGAUCGCCAACUGUCUGCUCAAAGCGCUCAACGAAGCUGGCAAGACCGACGGAACUGCCAAAGAACGUUUUGCUAAAAAACUGCUCCUCAAGAGCCAGCUCACUCUCAGAGAUCCCCGGGUCGUCGAGCGGAAAAAGACCGGCAAACCGGGCGCGAAAUCUUCCUACCGAUGGGUCAAGCGUUAA